CGUGUAUAUGGUUCUAUAAAAUGACAAUCGAGAGAUUUUUCCCCAGAGAAACGAAUGAAGGCUGAGUUCAGAGCCUCGAUGUCUUAGCAGGAACAUGAAUGAAUAGCGCUUCAAGAACGUUUUAAAAUUUUUUAGCUGGAGAAAAUGAAAGAAAGCCAUCAAGGCGAGGUACCCUCUAACGUCGCAUCGUAUGCUGCAAUUCCGCCAUUUGACUUUUGCAUCUCAAUUCUUGGCAGUGGAGGUGUUGGCAAAACAGCGUUGUUGAGAUCGUUUUUCGAUCAACCUUUUGAAGAAAAACACAUUCCGACCGUCGAUGAUUAUUAUGUACACUCUCUGUCGAUGGACGGGAAGCACUUUACACUUUGUAUCGUGGACACUGCAGGUUCGUACUCCUUUCCUGUAAUGAGGAGCUUGGCUUUAAAUUCAAGCCACGCAUAUAUCGUCGUUUACGCCGUGGACGACGUAGUGUCGUUUGAAGAAGCUGUGAAAACCAUGGAAGAAAUAUCUGCGCUAAGAGGUAACAGUGAAAACGUUGUGCCUGUUAUUCUGGUUGGCAACAAGUUGGAUACGGAUGUUACCGAGCGCGAAGUGACCGCACGUGAAGGGUACGAAGCUGUUUCAGUGAUGUCUCUCCUUGAAGGAGAAUACAUCGAGGCGUCGGCAAAGAUAGAUUUCAGAGUGGACAAAAUCUUCUCGAAUAUGCUUGAGGCAUUGAUCUAUAAAGGCAGAAAAAGGAGGCGGAAAAAGUUUGCAAAGAGAAGGUUGAGAGUGAGACGCGGCAAGAAGCAGAAAUUUAAGGAACCACACCGCACCUGUAACAUCAUGUAAGUACGUUGUUAUCUCUUCUGAAGGAAAUAUUUAAUUGUUUACAAAGGUUUGCAAAACAAAUCCUUUGUCAUCCAAUAUAAAUUACAAAGCGAUUUAAAGAUAUAUGAUUUAUUUAUGAACGAGUAAUUUAAAGCGUAUUUAUAUUUCAAUUCUCUGGUUUCCUGGAAGACAUUAAAAUGACCAAAGAGAGUCAAAAUCUGUUUGAUAUUUAUAACUAUUCUCUUCAUGCUAAGCUAAUUUAUUGUAAAUUUUAGGUGUCCCGCACACGCACACGAGAAUUGGAAAGGUGGGGUGGAGCGGGGUGGGGGGGGUGGAAUCUAGAGACCCUACUACUUAUAUGAGAGGGAUUAAAACACAAACCCGUUUGUCGAAACACAGACCCGUCUUUACCGGAAGACUAUCUUGUACAGAAGACAUUAUUCGCAUGCUUUUAAAUGAAUGAUCAAUAUGAAGAUUUAUUUUAAUCUAAUAUUCUUAGAGUUUCAAAUUCUUCUAAAAAGAAUCUUUCGUCAAUUUUUAGAAGGUUUUAAAAAGAUUAAAGCAAACGUAUAAUUUUUAAAUGAUCUUAAAUCGACCUUAUUUAUGUAUAUACGCCUUCACUUUUACUUGAAAGACAAUUUUCUGCUCGGGGACUGCGCGACACUUUUCUUUAAUUGUACGUCCUUGGGUAAAAUUGUUUUUUAUUAUAGUGUUGCAUUAUCAUUGUAAAUAUGUAUUGUAGUUAAGAUAUACCGCUCAAAUGCAAGUAAAUACCU